AUGCCUGGCUGGAUCCCCAAGAAGUUUCCCGGCAAAGUUGCCGAACCCAUGAUCCCUUUCUACGCGGCCGGUCUCAUCGUUCUGUACGCAAUCAACGCCGGCGCGAACGCCAUGAUGGCCUCGGACGAGUACAAGAACGAUCCUCGAAACCCGAACGCAAAGCCCAACCCCAAGGCGACAUAG